UCCUGAAGACACAUCGGAAGUGUGGAAUUUGAACGAGUGACUGAAAACCAAAACUUUCAGCACUGUAUAAACCUUAAAUGUAACCUCAUGUAGUCAAGUGUUAAUUUUAAGGUCUGUUAUUCACUGAAAAUAUCAACAGACUCAGACUUUUAGAACAAUCUAAGAGUCAGAUCAGCAGAAACAAAAACACGGAAAUGUUUCCUGUAACUGCGUCGCUCUGCUCGACUUUGCUGAUUGUCCUUUUCGUCGUGUUUGUCUCUGCAGACCAAAAAAGCAUCACAGCUGAGUCUGGACAGAACGUCACUCUGACAUGUCGAGCUCCAAACAACAAGAUCAUAGUUGUAGAGUGGAGCAGAGCUGACCUGGGAGAUGAAUAUGUGCUUUUGUACAGAGAUGACCAAUUUGUUCCAGACGACCAGCAUCCAUCUUUUAAGAACCGGGUGGAUCUGCAGGACAGACAGAUGAAGGAUGGAGACGUGUCUUUGAUUCUGAAGAAUGUGACGAUUAAUGAUGUUGGAUCAUACGAGUGUCGUGUCAAGACAGGAAAUAAUCGCAGGAAAAGAGCUGAUCUCAGUGGUGAACCCAUCAGCAUCAUCUACCUUCAUGUUGAUCCUCCAGGUCAGACAGCAGGAUCUGUUGGAGUGAUCGUUGGAGUGAUCAUCGGUCUGAUUGUUGCUGCUGUUUUUCUUGUUGCUGCUGGAUUUUUGAUCUACAAACAUAUAAAGAACAGAAAAUUAAUUUAAACUAGCAUCCUGAUGAUCAACAAGUUUGAAAUGUCUCAGAGCUCAUCGGUCUGUCGGUUUCUGCUGUGAUUCUUGUUGCUGCUGUUGUUGGAAUUUUGUUCUACAGAAAACAUGAACAAACUCAGAGUCAGGAUUCAUACUAGUCUCCUCUUGAACUGCAGUAGAACUGAAAUGUCUCAGAGCAUUUUACAUUAAGAUGGCAGCCUGCAUCUUUAAGGCAGAAAAGCAAAAGUGAGCCUGACUGAAGAAAGUAAAACAAUAGAGUCCAAAUAGAAAACUAAAAGAGUUGCUUAAUUUCAAAUAGAUUCCACAGUAGAGACAAUGGUUAAAUAAGGAGCUAACAGUUCCUCAAGUAAAAGGGAAAAAACAAACAAAUAAAUAAAAUCUAUCAACUGAAAAUUGGAAACCACAAUUAAAAAAAAAAAUAAUGUUCUCCAGCAUCUGUGGGUAAUUCCCAGGAAAUUAAACCCAAAGUGAUCCAAGAAAGAUCAAAGUCAUUUUUUAAUCUGCAAGGUGAGAAGUUUAGAGAAGAUACUGAAUAAUGGAAGGUGUUGAAAAAAUAUUAUCGCCUACACUUUACUGUUUGCAUUUCAUGUUCUUUACAUCUAUUAUUAUCAAUUUACUGCUAACACUGAGCAAAUAUCACUUCUGAGCUAUUGUAAUAUUGCAAAUUAUUAUUAGUAGUAGUAUUCUGUUUUGAUGAUGUGUGGUUUUAAGCACACACAGGUUUUCAUCAUUUGAUUGUAUGUUUGGUCUCAGGCAGCUAAAUUAGUUUGUAGAGAAAAAUUACAUGUCAGAUUUGUGUUUGUGAGGUUAGCAGCUCUCAUGAGUUUAACAUGUUCAUAUUUUCAAACGAAAGUUAAUAAAUCCUUCACAUUUGUUCUUUCACAAUUUGUAUGAAGCUAAAUUUUAUUUCCAUUGAUGUCAGCAAUUUACUCUGUUCAUGGUUUGUUUCUCAUCAGUAUUCAUGAGUUCAGUGAGAGCUCAGGUACCCCCACUGCAAAACUCUUUAUAAAUUUACAUUUCAGUAGAGGACAAUCUUCUGGAUGGUUGUUAAUUCAGUUUAAAUGUUUCAAGAGCUGGUUACAUAUUUUUUAUUUUAUUUAUUUCAAGCUUUUCAUAAAAGUUUGCUAAUAAAGUUCUACUAUAAAAAAUA